GUUGUGGUUUUUCGUCAGUUGUGAAAAAAUUACUAAUUAAUAUAAUUAAUUAACAAAUGUUCUAUAAUGAAAAGCUCAUAACACAACGAAUGCGUUUGAAAGCCAAUAAAACGCAAACUCAACUCGCAAAAUGAGGUGUUAAACAAACGAACCGUGGCAGCUUGCUCUGCGGUAGCGGCGGAUAGGUGUUAAAAGUGGAGAAAAUUUUUUUUCGAAAAAGACAAAAUUUAAACAAGUUUUCGAUGCUGAAUUGCUGCGAAUUUGCGUAAAAAGAAAGUGGCCGGCCACGGCUAUGUACGAGCGCAAUGAAAUUAUAAAAAAAAAAUUAUAAAUAUUAGCAACCAAAUACGAGCAUCCAAUUUUUUACAAAUUUACAAGUGUUGUGUGUGUGCCUCUGUGUCUGCGUUUGUGCCUGUGUGUGUGCGGCUUUAUGGCUGCGUGUAAGUGCAAUGAAGUAAGUGUAAAUGAGUGCGCAAAGAAGUGCUGAAGUGGCGGCAGUGGCGACCAAGCCCAAAACUUCAGUCAAGCAUUUCAAGUAGGAACGGGUCAAAAAUUAAAACAAAGUGCAAAUGACGACGGCGGCGACAACAACAACAGCAAGCAACGUUCAGCGUACGUUGGCAAAUUGAAAUCCAUAAAAGUAAAAACAGAAGUAAGCAGAGAAGUCGUAACGCAGCAGCGGCAGCGAUAGCGGCGGUUCCAGGUGGUUAGUGGACGACAGCGCCCACAACACAGACACAACAGCAGCAACAACUCGAAGCAGGGAGCGGUAUAAGCAAGGCGGACGCGUCAACAGCAACGGCAACGUCGCGCAAUGACCGAGGAAUUGAAAGUGGUGCUGCGACGCAGUGAGAAUUCCGGUUUCGGUUUCUCGCUGCUCGGAACAACUGGACCGCCACAUGUCAUCUACGACAUUGUCGAGAAUUCGCCGGCUGCCGAUUGUGGUGCGGUGGAAGCGGGAGAUGUUAUAUUAAAAGUCAAUGGCACCGAUGUACAUUGCUAUACAACGAAAGAAGUACUGAAAUGCCUGCGCUUGUCGGAACAUUUAGUAACCUUGGAACUGAAACGAGAUCCUAAACUGAAGGCACGCAUUAAAGAGCAAUUGGCGAACACGCAAAGUCCGCAUUAUGCGGAAAUAGAAUCUCCGAAUAUAUACGAUUAUAGCAGCAGCACAACUGGCUCGCCAAAUUCAACCACAACUACACACCAACGACAGCAACAACAACGUCUGCUCUUCGACUCGCCGAAGCAUAAUAAUACAACAGCACAGCAGAACAGAGGCGUUGCCACGCCCACGCACACAAAUUCGCCGGCAUUGCGUUUUAAGUCUCCGACACAUUUACCUUCCCUGGUUCCCGUAGCUGCCACGUCGACCACAACGCACACACACAGUCGCAAUUCUUCCGCAUCUUCCACUAAGAUACAAAUUGUGGAGACCACGACAACAACUAGUUCAUACAACGCGUUAAUAUCACCCACAGGAUCGGCAGGAGGAGGUGACUUAGGCGGCGCCACGUCGCCAACGGCUCGACCCUCACGCAUUCCACAGGCCCUGAAAUGUGCCGCACCAAAGCCCGUGCCCGUGUUGCACUCUCCGCAAAAUAAGAGACCACGUCCCUCUCAAAUACCCACAAAAGCUAGCGGCGGUAGUGGCGGCUGUGCUGUAGCGGCCUCCAACGGCAACACAAACACUCAGCAACAACAACCGCUGAUCCACUCGAACAGCUACAGCGGCAGUCCGGUGACGGGCCAACGAAACCAGCCCGAACCGGAACCCAAUUCGGCGCCCCCGCAGCCAGCAAAGGCGCCACGCUUUGAGGCUUAUAUGAUGACCGGUGACAAGAUACUGAAUCUUUCGAGGACACCACAAACCAUAAAUUUGUUGACGGCACAUGCCAAAAAGGUGGACAGCCUACGAGAUUCUCCUAACCGUAGUAGUGCGCGGGCCAACGGCGCAUUAGCACCACGGGCAUCUGGCGAGUCGUCGCCCACAUCUUCGUCAUCGGUGGACUCGCCUACCAAUACCGGAAGUUCGGAUUCGGUGAAGCGCGGGGCCAAACUGCAACGGGGGUUGCAACAACACCAGCAGAAGCUACAACAAGAGCGUGAUAGCAUUAACAACAGCUACAAUCGAAGAGACUCGCUGACCAAUGACACUUUGUUACUGUGCGAAGAGCUAGAGCGCGAUGAGGAGGCGGUUGACACAAACGAGCAGGACAACAUACGCCAGCGACAGCGGCAACAACAGUUGAAACAACAGAAGCAGCAACGCCUACAGCAACAUCAACAGCAACAACUAAGCUACGAAUACUAUCAGAACGAAGACGAACUGGAGGAAGAAGAGGAGGAGAACGAAGAGGAUCAAACACACUACGACAUCACAAACAUCGAAACAUACCAAAGUGGCGGCGGCGUCGGUUUUGGUGCAGGAAGCAGUGGCGGCGGCGUUGGGGAGGAGGAUGACAGCGAUCGUCAGUAUCUGGUCGAUGACGAUGCGUACGAUGAAGAAAACGAUGCCGGCGAUGAGGACUAUUCCACUAAUUCGAUAGGCUCAGGUUCGGCGAAACAACGAUUGCGUGCUUUGAAGCAGAAAAGCCUCACGCGUCAGCAUCAGCGAACUCGCGACGCUGUCGAUUGUGCAUCACGCACCGUCGGCUCCGGUUCCACCUCCUCCACGACGAUGAAAAGCGAAGCUGCUCUGGGCAUGGGUGCAAAUACCUCGCAGGAGGAAACUUCCUUUUCAGUGCCAACAUCACCCAUUUCGCUUUCGACUCCACUCAUCGACAAGGAGACCGCCAAUUCAGUGCCCACCAGUCCGGAGCCGAGCUCUCUAGCGCCUGAGUCGAGCAGCGCAGCUGCUGGCGGCGUUGUUGUGCGACGCCACAACGGUCAUGUGGUACGCAAAUGUGAUGCAGCCGGUUUUCGCACCAGCAAAUCCGAAGAUCAUUUGCAGCAAAUCCAACGCGAAGGCAUUGCCGCUGUGAUACCCAUCGACAUUGAUGAGGAUGUGAAUAGUUCGUUGAAUACGCUGCUGGAUACUCGCCACGACUCGGAGGAUUCGCAGUCAACAACAACAACGGCAACAUCCACAACAGCUGAAACAGUAAGAGCAGCAACAGCAACAAAUGCAGUUAACAACAACAACACCAACCAGUGCGAGGGCAUCAGUCAAAAUAACAAUUAUAACAACAGCAAUAAUAAUAAUAAUAACAAUGAUAUUCAAGAGCAGUUGCCACUUGUCGUUGAUCUGCCACGCAUAACUCUCGAUGCAACUGAGGCAACAAUUGUUGCUGCAACAACAGCCACAGCGACGCCAGCAACAACAGCAGCAGCAACUUCAACAAUACCGGCAACCCGGGGCUGCAGCAACAAAUUAAACUAUAUUUUACGUAAAAAGGCAUCGAAUCGCGAUCGCAUUGUCUGGACAUACAAUGCGCCAUUGCAGCCGCACCAAUUACAACAGUUACAGCAGCAGCAACAACUACAGCAACAGCAACAACAACAAUACGCAGCAGUAGCGGCGGCAGCGGCAGCAGUACAACAACAACACUACGGUCAGCACUCGCAUUCAAAUUCACAUUCAAGUUCCAUUAGUUCUUCGCCUCAACACUCGGCCGGCAGUCCGGCAUCACCCACAUCGGUCUCCUCGUCCGUCAUGUCGUCCUCAGGGUCGCGAGGGGCGCUCGGCAUAGGCGCCCAACAGCAGCAGCAACAGCUGCCAGCCAAUGGCAAUGGCAAUGAUCAGACGACGGCUUCACAGCAACAGCAGCAGCACCAACAACAACAUCAGGCGUCUAACUUCGGUCUGUUAACAUGUCCUAGUGGUGGUGGAAGUGGUGGUGGGAAUGGUAGCGGUGGCGGUGGAGGUGGUGGUGCUGGCGCCGGCGCUGCUGGCGGCGAUUUAAGCGUAUCAGAGGCCAUUUCAAAUAUCUCUAGUCCCGACUAUCAAGACGACGAUAACUUAUUGAGUUCUCGCGAUAUUCUAGGCGGCAUGGUACUUAGCGAUCCCAGCGACUCGGACUCCACAAUACUCGUCUCGGAUGCGGCUGCUCUGCAGCGCCAGCAACUUAAGCAGCAGUUGAAGGCGCACCAUCAGCAGCAGCAGCAACAACAACAACAGCAGCAACAGCAGUCGGAACACAAGCUGGUUAUACAAGUUCGAGGUCUGGAUAAUAGCAACAGUGGCAACAACUCGGCACGAUCUGCAUACUCGGAACUGAGGGAAGGCGACGACGAUGUAGCCACAUUGAGUGAUGAGCCGCCGACAACAGUGUUGGCCGCUCAGUCGAUGCGCGAUGGUUCACCGCCCGUUUCGGACGAUGGCAGCGAUGUGGAAUCUCUUCAUUCGUAUCAUUACUCGCCCAAGGCUGUGGAUAUGCCGUCGGCCAUACGGCUGGCCAAAAGACUGUACUCACUCGAUGGUUUCAAGAAGAGCGAUGUUUCGCGCCAUCUCAGCAAAAAUAACGAUUUCAGCCGCGCUGUGGCGGACGAGUAUUUAAAACAUUUUAAUUUUGAGAAGAAAACAUUGGAUCAAGCAUUGCGCGAAUUUCUGCAGCAAUUCUCGUUGUCGGGCGAGACUCAAGAACGCGAGCGCGUGCUGGUUCACUUUUCGAAGCGCUUCCUUGACUGCAAUCCGGGCACGUUCAACUCACAGGAUGCCGUGCAUACGCUUACCUGCGCCAUCAUGCUGCUGAACACGGAUCUGCAUGGCCAAAACAUAAAUCGCAAGAUGAGCUGUGCCGAGUUCGUGGACAAUCUGGCCGAUCUCAACGAUGGCGAAAACUUUCCCAAAGAUGUGCUUAAGUAUUUGUAUCAGGCCAUCAAAACCAAGCCAUUGGAAUGGGCGCUUGAUGAUGAUGCGGGCGAUUUGCUGCAACGCGCCUACAAUAAUCCGCAGGCUACUGUGGGCCAAAAUCCGUUCUUGGAUGCUCCGGAAUCUGCUACGGCCGUGGAAUAUAAGAAGGGCUAUGUGAUGCGCAAAUGCUGCUAUGAUAGUAGCUAUAAAAAGACUCCCUUCGGUAAGCGUUCGUGGAAAAUGUUUUACUGCACAUUGCGUGAUCUGGUCUUGUAUUUGCAUAAGGAUGAGCACGGUUUUCGCAAAAGUCAAAUGUCUGACAAUCUGCACAAUGCCAUACGCAUACAUCACGCCCUGGCCACAAAGGCUAAUGACUAUACCAAGAAGCAACAUGUGUUCCGGCUGCAAACAGCCGAUCAGGCUGAAUACCUCUUUCAAACCAGUGAUUCCAAGGAGCUACAAUCGUGGAUAGAGACCAUCAAUUUUGUAUGCGCCGCCUAUUCGGCGCCACCACUAGAAGGCGGCGUAGGUAGCCAGAAACGAUUUCAGCGCCCGCUACUGCCCAGUACGCAAACGAAGCUUCUUAUGAAGGAGCAACAGGAAUCUCAUGAGGUGCAGUUGGCGCAAUUGGAACACGAGCUAAACGAGCAUAAAAAGGCAGCCAUGCCGAGCAAGGGUUUGCCAUUGCAAAACUACAAAGAAAAGGAAAGCUAUCUGCAAUACGAGUUACGUCGCUAUCGCACCUAUGUGACCAUCCUGAGCGCUAAACUGCUGGCCGAUCAGCAACAAUUGGAGCUGCAGCAGCAACAACAGCCACAGACGCCAACGCAUGAGGAGGAGGCGGACACAUUCCCGGUGGGCACGCCACCAAUACGCCAGCCCGUGGCAACAACAACACCUUCUACGCCACAAAGUAUUAAUACUCAGCCCCAGCAACAGCAACAACAACAGCAGCCGCAGCAGCAGCAGCAGCAACAGCAACAACAGUCGACGAACAGCAGAAAAGAGAAGAAGAAAAAGUAAAGUAACUUUUUGAUUUCUCUAUUGAUUUGCUCGACUAUUCAUUACACACACAUCCCCAGCAAUUGCCGCAAUUAUCCAUGAAAUACUCCGCAUGCCGCGCUGCUGGCGCUCUCGCACACAACAACAACAACAGCAACAACAAUAACCACAAAAGCCACACUUAUUACCAGAAACUUGCACAGCCACAGAGAGAUUGACAGUACCCCAUAAAUAUAUAUAUACACACACACCAACACACACACACACAGUUAGACACGCGGGCGGAGUCCAACAAUCAGCCAAUGAAGAAAUCUGAAUUUAUGUAAACAUUUAUUUUACUUAAGCUUUCCUUUAAGUGCGCGUUGUUUUUCUGUUAAAUUUAAAAAAGUACCCCCCUAAAUAGUGCUAUACACACAUAACUCGAACAUGAAGGUAAUGUGUGUGUAGUAUGAUCAAAGUUGUUAAAAAUAUAUAUAUAUAUAUUUCAUGUACAAACGGUCGUUCAGCAGUGAAGCGAUAUUUUUUUAAAGAGAAAUCACCACAACACGUACUCUUACAAAUUCUAUUCUCGGGUUAGAGUUGCAACACAUCUUUUUAGAGAAAGAUACUUUCUCGCUCUUCCGCUGAUUCCACAGAGAACUCAGUAAAACUUUCGAUUUAGUGCCCUAAACUGAACAUAAUAGUUGGAAAACAAAUUAAUUCGGAACAUGUCUGCUUAGAGAAAGAUACUCUCCCGCUCUGGGGAAUGGUUCGUACGUUCGUAAAGAACACAGUGAUCCAAGAAGAAAGUUUUCACAUUUUACAAAACUACACACUUGGUCGUCAUUUCAAUACUGGAAAAAGUAUUCGGAAUAUGUCAAUAGGUCAUUUGCAGCUUAUUUUCAACUGUCUAUUUGAAGAAUCUCGUAACGGUAUAACAAGUUUCUGAAAUAUGCAACAACUACACGCUUGAUCAGUGUUGGAACAGCAACAGCAAUAAGUAACUUAUUAAAUAAUAGGGCCCUCAAAGAUUCACGAAUUCGAAUCUCCCCGAAAGAUAAACUUUCAUUAAAUUAAUCGGCAAAUCUGAGUCCUAAAGUCUUUGAAUAUGUUUGGCACUGCCCAUGACUAUUCGAGAUAUUGAAUUGAACACUGCUGUUAUUUGAUAAAAAUGGCAACUCCCGAUAAUGGGAGUUAUUUAUAACUAUAGACCUAUAACUUUAUAUUACAUUUUAUGAACUUGCGUUCAUAUAGAAUUUGAUAUUCCUUAAAAUGUAUAUAAGUUUAACAAACCAUUAAUGGAAACUAUCUAAAGAAAGAUUAUGUAAAUACAUUUGGGAUUCAAAGAACUGAAAAGGAACUCUGUUAAUUACGUAAGAAACCGGCAAUUCUUAAAAAUGUUGCCAACACUCUUCAAAAUGUUUCUAAACACUGAUGAGAAUUUUCGAAAAUGUUGCCAAACACUGUUGAACGAUCGAUUAAUGUGUACGUGUCUACAAUCCAUAUUAUUUACAUUAACGAAUAAAUUAAAAUACUUAAAUCAUUACCUACGCUAUCAUUAAAAAUGAUAAAAAUAAAUUAUUAAAAAAUUUUUCGCUUUGCAAAAUUAUGCAACAAAUAUGGGAAAAUCAAGCGAACACAACUACAAAAAAAAAAGAAGAACAUGCCCAUCAUUUUCAUUGUUUAACCGGCCCUUUGCGUUUUAUAUGUAUUUAAGUAUGUAGCCCUUCACUCCAAUACAUAUAAUUACGAUGCAUAUUUAUUUAAGCAAACAGAAUUGGCUUACGAGACAUGUCCACGUAGUUAGAAUAUGAAAUUUAUUACGCAGUAAAAACAAUACAAUAACUUUAAAGUUUAACAUAAAUAUAUUUUUUAAUAAAUAUACUACUUAUAUUGUGUAAUUAUGUAUAAAGGAAACCUGUAUAACAAUUGUUUAUAAUAAUUUGUAACAAUUCUAUUGAGAACGGCAAUAAACACAAACUCUGAUGUGAAAGAUAUUUGCAAAAUUACUUGUAAACAUUUAAACAGUUAUAUAUUAUUUUGAUUUAUAAGCAUUACGAUAGGCUCCAAGGACAACAAUACUUUUAAAGCAUUCUGUUAAAACAUGAAAAUUAACAACAAUUCAAUUAAAAAGGAGGGGCAGCUGAUAAGUAAUCGACAUUAACGAAAUGUCUUAAAUUUAAAAAUGAUUUGGUUUCUCAUUUUGGCAUUAAAUUAUACGGUUCUUCUUCUGAUAUCUCUUUUACACACAAACAUCUCUCGUGUCAGGGUCUGUUUUGAAAACUCAUCGCCAAAGAAACUGAAAAAAUUAGUCGAUAUCGUUGCUGUUAUAAUUUCAAAUUUCGUUAAAGCCAAUUACUUAUAAGCCAGCCCUCUUGUAAAAAGUGCCGCAUCUCAUGUCUAUACUGAAAAAUAGAGUAAUAAAAGCAAAUCAAGAAAACAUAA